GCGGAUCACGUGACCACCGCCGCUUUGAAGAGGAGCGCGAGCACUCGGCACCGGCCGAGGAUGGAGUUGAGGGUUUCCGCGGUGGUGACGGCGCUGCUGCUCCGGCUCACCUGCACCGGGGCUCACCAGCCGCCCGGCGAGCCGGCGUACGAUCCCGGGCUGCCGCCGGACCUUCACUCUCCGCACGGAUCCCUGUGGCCGUUGCCGCAGACGGUGGUGAUCUCAUCCAUGGUUUACCGGCUGAGCAGCGUCACUUUCCAGAUCGUUCACUCGGCCGAAUCCACCGCCUCGGUUGGCUGCUCCAUCCUGGACAACGCCUUCCGCAGGUACUACUACUACAUCUUCGGCAGCUCGACCGGCAGCAGCCAGCGGCAGGCGACCCUCAACAGUACUGGCGGCCGCGGCCCGGGCCCCGGGGAACUGCGUCAGCUGCAGGUCACUAUCACCUCCAGUGACCCCGAGUGCAACCAGCAUCCGCGCAUCACUUCCAGCGAGGCCUAUGAAAUUACAGUUGCUCAGCCUGCAGCUACUCUGAAAUCAGAGACUGUCUGGGGUGCACUACGAGGACUGGAGACUUUCAGCCAAUUGGUAUAUGAAGAUGAAUACAUUACUCAUCUCAUUAAUAAAACUGAGAUCACAGAUGCUCCAAGAUUUUCUCACAGAGGUGUUUUGCUUGAUACAUCUCGGCACUAUUUACCUAUUAAAGUCAUACUUAAAACCUUGGAUGCCAUGUCAUUCAAUAAGUUCAAUGUUUUCCAUUGGCAUAUUGUGGAUGAUCCAUCUUUUCCUUACCAAAGUGUCACUUUCCCUAAGCUGAGUGAACAGGGUGCAUAUCACCCAGUCACUCAUAUUUAUACAUUGAAAGAUGUCCAGACAGUUAUUGAAUAUGCUCGUGAGAGGGGAAUUCGGGUCAUUCCAGAGUUUGACACUCCAGGGCACACUCAGUCGUGGAAAGGUCAAAGUAACCUUCUUACACCUUGUUAUAAUGGUGAGAAGCCCUCUGGAACAUUUGGACCUAUAAAUCCUGCCUUGAAUACAACCUAUGAUUUUAUGAAUCAAUUCUUCAAAGAAAUCAGCUGGGUGUUCCCAGAUAAGUACAUCCAUUUGGGAGGUGAUGAAGUGAAUUUUGCAUGCUGGAAAUCAAAUCCCACGAUUACAGAGUUUAUGAAAAAGCAAGGUUUUGGUAGUGACUACAGGAAACUUGAAUCUUUCUAUGUCAAGAAUGUUCUAGAUAUUGUGACAUCCAAUUUGAAGGGUUAUAUUGUCUGGCAGGAGGUUUUUGAUAAUAGAGUGAAGAUUAAGUCAGACACUGUAGUUGAAGUGUGGAUGGCACGCAAUAUGAAGGCAGAGCUAUCUAAAGUAACGCUAGCUGGGUUCACAACCAUCCUGGCAGCACCUUGGUACUUAGAUUACAUUAGCUAUGGACAGGACUGGCAAAAGUACUAUCAAGUUGAACCUCUCAAUUUCAAUGGAACUGUUGCACAGAAGAAGCUGGUGAUUGGGGGAGAAGCUUGCCUCUGGGGAGAAUUUGUGGAUGCAACCAAUCUUGCCUCGCGCUUAUGGCCUCGGGCAAGUGCUGUAGGUGAGCGUCUUUGGAGCAGUGAAGAAACAAAGGAUCUGAAUGAUGCAUACAAAAGACUAACAAAACACCGCUGCCGCAUGGUCCAACGGGGCAUACCAGCUGAACCACUGUUUGUUGGCUAUUGUGAUUAUGAAUACAAGGAUUAUAAAGAGUUCAACUGAAUACGGAAUCACUCUUGAAGAAAUAUGCCAAUGUUGUAACUUUUAUUAUGAACAAACACAACUGCAUUAUUGAAAUUGUCAAUUUUCACUUGGAGAAUUGAUAUUUUUAAACAAUGUUUGAUUUUUUUAAUAUAAAGAAUAGGAAAUAUUGUACAAUAAAGUUCAAUAUUUUUAUAACUUCUAAAUUUGUUUCCCUCUUUCUGUACCAUGCAUUUACUUUGUGCUCUUUCCAGCAAGUGGUGGAAAUGCUGUCUGCUUACAUUUGACAUAGCCAAAUUAAUCAGUUUGUGUUCAAAUUUUACAUAUUUCAAAUGAUGACUUUUAUUUUUGAGCUUUUUCUGCAAUGAAAAGAUGCUGGUUAUAUCUCCAUUAUCAAUUAUGUAAAACCAACAAAUGUGUGAGAUGGAAUGGUUCAUUUAGUUGAAUAAUCACAAUAAAAGUUUUUGCCUUAACACACAA